GUCAUGAAUGUCUGUGUUGUUGAGAAUCCCCGUGAUCUAGAAGAGGAUUCCUACAGUUUUGUAGUGUAAGCUCGAUAUAUUUGAAGAAAAACUUAAUACCAUGACAAUCUAUGGCUUUGGUCCUGUCGAUUAGGGAAGAUCAGAUAGCUAUUUGUGAGAGGUAAAAUCAGAAAAUUCCGAGUUGUAACCACAGGGACAUCCAUGCCGCGACACAUUGGGAAAUGCCACGUCGGAAACCCACAAUUUCUCUACCGAUGAAACGUACAUUAGAGGAUGAAAAUGGUGGCAAAGAUUCCAGUAAAAAGGCAAAACCCUCAGGUGCAAGUAUCACACCAUUGCCUACCCCAGGAGAGGAAAGUGAGGCUAUGGGUUCCGUACAGUUUAAUGAGACAGACGAACCCUCACCCUCGGAGAAAGACACCGGAAUCAGUGAUCGGCAGAUAGCGGAGACAGGCCCUUCCACAAAUGAGACAGGUACAUCCAAGGAUCAGCAACCAUAUGAGAUAAAGGGAGAUAACUCUAGCACUAUGGAGGAGGAUACAGCUCCAGGAUCCAUUGGAGGUCCAACAGGGUCAUCUUCGGAGAAAAGAAACUUGUCUUUGGAGGCUCUAUUCCAGGUGACAGACAACGAACUACAGAAUAUAUCUCGUCAACGUCUCAAAUCCCCUCAACAGCUUGUUAUUGAUGAGACCCAGAAGACAACAAUACAGGAUGUUGAUGGAAAUAUCGUAACAAUUUUACCGAGUGAUUUAACCUUGGAAGAGAUCGUGAAUGGAAUAAACUAUACUAAACAGAUAGGCGUACCUUUGGGUGAGUCCAGUACCGAAACUGUCGCAUAUCAAAGCAUACAAAUCGACACAAUCGAAACACAACCCGCCGAGACUGUGGUUCAGACAGGAAGGACACCUCUUCUACAGGCAAUCCAAGCAGAGACAACAGGGCGGAGGAGGAAACACCCGCAGAAACCUGGACGACACAUAUGUCCAUUUUGUGGAAGGGGUUGUGCUAAGCCGAGUGUUCUCUUAAAACAUUUACGAGCACACACCGGGGAACGUCCGUAUCCAUGUGUUUCUUGUGGAUUUUCUUUCAAGACAAAAAGCAAUCUUUAUAAACACUGUAAGUCACGAGCUCAUGCCCUGAAAUCUGGUCUUGUAGGUGGUCAGUCAAGCAGCAGUCUUGAUAUAAGUGAAGAGGAAACCACUAACAUUGAGGAUAUUGAGGACUCGGAAGAUAAUAGUAGUGGUACGGAAUCAGGAAGCGAAUGUCAGAAGGAGGUAGAGGCAGCACAUGAAGUCGAGGAAUUAUCUGAAAAACGGGAGCAUGCUCAGAUUCAUGUGCUGCAGGAAGUUGCCAAAUAUCUUGAAAAACCUAAAGAGGAACGUCCGAAAGUAGAAGUUCCUCAGUCCAAAUUUGACGGAAAGCAAGACAAAUUUAAGACUGUUCAUGAUAAACUUAAAGCUAAACUAAAACGGUCAUUUUCCCUAACAGAGCCACUUAAACAUGUAACAAUACCACAACUGGAGAGAAAAUUCAGCCAACAAGAUGAACAGAAGUUCCAUAAAGUUCAAAGUCAGUACUUAAAGAUUGCCCCGAAGCAAGGAACAUCUGGUGCAACGGUUAAGAUUCCUUCAGAGAAGACAAAGCAGGGACUAGUUUCUCCUAUUAUUAUUCAGACUUCUAAUCCUGUCACGGCUCCUGCCAGUGUUCCUAUGAAGAAGGCAAUGAUUCCGCAAUCUGUACCACAGUUUUCUGGUAAGAAAGAAGAUAUGACUUGUCAUACAGGAUCAAGUACGGGCCUGGGUGAACACAAGAAUCCUCGUCUCCACGCUCUAUCUUUGGGACUUCCGCAACUUACUCAAGUUCGCCAAGUGCCAGGGAAAGACUGCUCUGGGCCGUUAGAGACGGUAAAACUUCCACAGCCAAAUGCUAAUCCAGCAGUUGCUACAAAGGCAUUGCGAGAUCUUGAGGCAUUAAGUGAAAGUUUUAAAAAUGCAUCGCGAGCAGGGUUAAAACUUUACACUUCUGUUAACAAUCUCCCUGAUCGGUCUUGUCAAAUCACUAUUGAAGUUCUACCAUCCAAUUCUACAGGGGAUCAAGUUACGCCUUCCAGCCUUCCGUCACAAGCAUCUGUGUGUACGACUAUGAUAAAACCAAUUACACCAGCCACACCAGAUCCAGAGCCUCGAAGCGCUGGUGUAGACUCGAAAGGGUUUACAUCAGAGAUGUUAAGUGAACGGAUUCAGAAACUGAUUUCAGCAAACGCUGCUAUUGUAAGUACUCCAAUGGCGGACCCUCCCCGACACAAACGGAUAUCGCGUCAAAACAGCGAGAUUGGACAGCAUGGUACACCUCCACCUAAGAUGGUGUUAGUCCCUGUAACAACUCAUUCGUGCAUGCCAGUACCCCUGAGGUCACUCAGCGUAGACCCAGAAAACAGUUAUAUACACUCUGACCCCAUUUCUAUUCAUGAGCCUACUCUGAAUAAAACCUUCAGUAAAGAAACACAAGGUUUACCAGAUUUUGGGGCACUAGGACAUAAAAAUAAAUCGCAGGAGAAAAAUACAUUAGGGAGAAGGACAAGAUACACAAGAAGUGCUGGACAGUAAAAUGUGUCGGAAUAUCAGAAAGAGAUUCCAAAAUCAAUUGUACAGGAUUUCAGAGAUUCAGAUGUCUCAAGUCAAGAAAUACAAGUCGCUAGUUCCGACGGACAAACUAGGAAAAUGGAACUGAAGUCUCGACCACCUUUAGUUCGACAAAAUUCAGUGUCAAGUUGUUCAUUCUCAUCACAAUGUACUGUACUUUCUGAUAAUGGUACCAGUCCACAACCAACUGUUAACGUGUCUCUUGGGAACAGCAGCACUUCUGAUCUCCACACUAAGACAGUGGUGGGCAAAAACCAGCAAGGGCAAGAAAUUACAAUCAAAAUACAACUAUCAAAGCCCACAGACAGUAAUGAAAACAGAAAGCAGGACAAUAUUCAAAGGGAGAAUUCUGCAAAAGAAGGGGAUAGCUAUGGCCCUCACUGUUGUCCAAAGUGUACUGUAUCCUUCAAGAAAGAACAGACCCUGGAACUGCACAAAUUAUAUUACUGUAAGCCAUCUGGGACUGCAUCCGUUACAAAGCCUGUCCAAUCACUGACUUCAGCACGAAGUCUGGAGAUGAUCGAUCAAGAGAAAGUCGUCCGUUUGUUUACACAUGGAGAAAAUGUCAUCAGAAAAGUAAUCCCUCAGGGCAGUGUUAGUUUGGCAAGCACUAUCGCCGGAAUACAUGCUGGGGUUAAACCAGAGGUAAGCACCCCUCAACCGAAAUUACAAAGCGAACUUGGUCAAGUUGCCAUAGCAACACCAACUACACCCAUACCAGUAAUGUUACCUUCUUCAUCCUCUGCAUUUGCAAUCACCAUGCCGAUGACCCCUACAACCCCACAGACUGCAGAAAGUCAGGAGCUUAGUAUAUUUCCUCGAAAGAAGGGUAGACCAAAAGGCUCCAAAAAUCGUCCUAAAGACAUGACCGAUUUUGACUUACAGGGUUAUGUCCCUGUUCAAAUCAUAGGCCCAGUUGCAGGGCCUACUACUUCUGGCACUGCAACUACACAGGACUCUGUUCCCAUUCUCAUCAAUUUAGGAUCCCAGAGUAGUGUUGCCCGGAUGUUGGUCCCCGCUUCUCCUGUCAUUUUGUCAGAAUCUGGUUUGAAGAUGUCCGAUGUGAACUUAAAUCAAACUCCUUCAGUCACUUUUGCCUCUUCUUUUACAAAAGAGAUAUUGAAUAGCAGCACACUUGGUAAACCUGGAAGUCCAUUGAUUUCCGUGGCUCCGAAUACUCCAGUGACACCUGGAACUCCAAUACUUGACCACAGCGAUUCCCAAUCUCAUCUCAAACAGAGACUCAAAGGAAAACUUUUGAUGAAAAGGUCAUUGAGUAUUGAUAAAGGGUUUUCCACUGAAAGCUCUAAAUCUAUCACUUCUCCACUGGUUGAGUUAUCUACUAGUCAAGAAAGCUUAUCAAUCCCCAUGGCAACAGAUUCUCAAGAAAUGUUUAACAGAAAGAGAAAAAUACCAGAAUCUCCUAUAAUCGCAGGAUCAAAUUUAAUAAGGGCCUAUUCAGAACCUGUAACCAAGUUGAAAAGGUUAACGAGCCUGUCUGUGUAUGAUUCGGCACAAGUUUCAUGUAUUGAUGUGGAACAAAUAUUGUCGGAAAAAUCUGAUGUGCUAGUCAUUCCAACGGCAAGGGAACAAUAUAUAUUUCAUCCAUCUCAGAUUCUUAGUCAUCUUAUGUUUACUGCAAGUAUUGGCAACUCUAAACAAAGCACAGCAAAGAUAGCUGUUAGUAUUAACGAACCAAGUCAAAACAUUCUUCGUAGUCCAUCCAAGUCCAAACUCAAGGCAGCACUAUUGGGAGAAAUGGUUGGGGACUUGUCCUCAAAAGCUUGCAAUGGAGCUGUCGAAAGCCAGUCCGAUCUUCCAUCACCUACUAAAAGUGAUAAGAACUUGGCAUCUCUGACAUUGCUUGGACACUCCUUUCCCUCUCUCAAGGUCAAUACUCAUACGACCUUCUGUUGUGUACAGCGUCCCCAGCCAAUGUACGUUUUACAAGGUGUCAACAAGAAAACAUCCAUGUACUCAAACUGGAAGUUGUCACAGCAUGAUCCAAACCCAGCAGGAUUAAGCUGUAAAAUGCUACUGGAGCUCUACGAUUCCCACUACACUAGUAACCCCGUGUGUGCCAUUCCUAACUCGGGCAUUUCCAAAGGAGGCGUGCUCACUCACAGCAGUUACUGGUCGUACAAACAAAACCAGCGUUAUAACGACACCAUGGUCACGAAGGCACAAGUGACACAGACAGCCGAGUCUGUAACCACGGAAAAAAACAAUGGAAAACAAGAUCAAAACGUGUGUAAGAUUUCUGCCUUCAAAGGUGGGUAUAAAAGUAUGGAUGAGUAUACAUACAUCCGAGGAAGGGGACGAGGGAAGUACGUAUGUGAAAAAUGUGGAAUCAGGUGCAAAAAGCCGAGCAUGUUGAAAAAGCAUAUUCGCAGUCAUACCGACCUUCGACCGUACCAUUGCAAGCACUGUAGGUUCUCUUUCAAAACCAAGGGCAAUCUGACUAAACACAUGAAAUCUAAGGCCCAUCAUAAGAAGUGUGUUGAGUUGGGUAUAAUUCCCAUUCCAACGCAGGUGGAUGAGUCCCAGAUAGACAACAAUGCAUUAGCUGCUCAAUGUGCUCUGUCGAAGGUCGCACGCAUCGUCAACGACCGCGAGGGUAAGGUCAGUCUCAGCACUGAGGAUUCUGACGAUGAUGAGGACAACAUGGAUAUGUCUGAGGAUGAUGAUGACAUGGAGGAAGGAGACGAUUCAGGGGAGGUGACUCUGAUAGAAGUAGAGGAGGAUGCACGUCCAGGCAGCGUUGGGGCUGAAGAAAUUAUUGAUGAUACAACAGAGAGCAGUACUGCCCUGCCCCUACCAUCGGUAGAACAAGGUUUGCUUGGCUUGGUACCUGUCAUCUGCUCAACAAUUCAGCCCAUCCUACAGACAUCAGAAAAGACAGUUGUCUCCAAGGCAAUGGACAAUACUGAUGAUUCCACUGCAGUAGGGGAGAGUGUUACUAAAAAUAGACAAAAUGGAACUACAAGAUUAGGAACUGUAUAUGGAUUUGGGCAGUCGGAGUCAAACUCAAGCCAAGACAUAAACCUAGGAGAUGGUGUGGACUCAGAAAUAGCCUGCAGUCUUUUGGCAUUGUCUAAACAGAGCCAGCCCAGCACCACAUCUGUGACAGACACGCCAACUUCUGACACAACCAGCAGCACAGCUAAAACAAUAGAGACUCGCCUGGGUAACCUGAUCAGUGAACUGAUUAUGAGAACCAUGACUGAUGAGGGUAAACGAGUCCUUCUUCCCAGUAGCACGAGUCCUGGCGACAAGAAUACGGAAGAGAAAUCCGUCACUGGUAAUUUGACAGAGGAAAACACCCAACUUGCUUCAUCAACCCUUGAUCAGUCCAGCUAUGAGCCACAUACAACUUCGCCGCAGAAAGCUUUUCUGGUCACAGUACCACUUGGUGGCUUCAUGCCGCCAAUGUUGUCCUCAUCCACACCAAAUACCACCAGCAGUGAGAUAUCUAUUGAACUUGCAAAACUUUUCAACAUUGGUCUGAAAGAACCAAUCAGAUUGCAUGUAACAAGUCCCGAUCAGCCUUCAUCGGAGGCCAGCCAAUCAACAACCUCGUACUUGCCAUUUCAAUUCAGUCAUCCAUUCCAUAGUUAUCUCACUCAAGCCUCAGGCUCUGAAGGUUUUGAAAAGUUGAUUACACAUCUUAAUGACCAGGCUAGAAAGUUGAGUUCAGCAUCAGUAGAUUCUUUGAAAGUUAAAGAUUCUGAAAAUCUGACUCCAGUUUCUAUGGAAACCGGAGAUCAAGACUGUGUUUUUAUUUGCUCUGAAGUUACAUCACCAAAGAAAAAGGAGAGUUCUGGAGCUUGUAAUUAUGUGAUCAUGGGUGAGAACUCUUCCGUGAGAGGAGGCAAGUUUGUUUGUGAUAUUUGUAAGAAAGCAUUCCAGGAGAACCAACAGUUAGUACUCCAUAGGAACAUUCACUUCAUUGAAAAGCCAUUCAAAUGUGACACUUGCCACCUGGCUUUCAAGACACAUAGCAUCUUCAUGAAGCAUCAACAGUCAGAGCCGCACCAGACUCUAAUCCGCGGUGAUUUAUCAUCCUCCGAUAAUCCACGUCCAUUCCGUUGUGAUGACUGUGACAUUGCAUUCCGCAUGAAAGGUCACCUUGCAAAACACCUUCGGUCCAAAAACCAUGUACAGAAGUGGGAACAGCUAGGAAAAGUUCCGAUUGGUACAUACAACAAAUACGAAUCUGCAAUUGCUGGGUUAGAAGCAUCUGACAUAUCAGUGUUUUUGCAAACCCUAGUGCAGUUUACAAAAACAGAGGGAACUGUUCUCAGUACUCCACCAUCUGGCGAUCAUGGUUCCCCGGCUGUCAACCCACCUGAGUCUUCAGGAAAAGGGAUUGAUUCAUUCCAAACUCACAGAAAAGCGGCUUAUGAAAGACAUGAACAUGCAUCAAAUGAACGUGUGACAGUAGAACUGAUAAAGCAAGAACCAAUAGACAUAGGGAACAUUGGAAAGGAUGAGGAAGAAGAGGAGAAAGAUGCCUCGCGAGGGGGUUGUACUGAAGACAAAGGGUUGGCAGAGGGACCUCACAUGUGUGGGAUCUGCAGAAAAGGAUUCAGAAAUUUAGAACAUCUGAAGAGUCACUUGAUCACUCAUGCAGAACUACGGCCCUAUGUGUGUGAGUACUGUGAUGCAGGAUUCACCAACGCCCAGUCACUAAAGAUACACCUUCAGACGCAUGCUCAGGAGAGACCCUAUGUGUGUGGUAUCUGUGGAAACACCUUUGCUAAGGCUGAGAACCUUAAAAUACAUGUGGAAGAACACAACAAAGUGAUGUCGUCAUGGGGUUCAGUUACCAUAGAAACCAAUAACCAGGGGGAACUGAAAGUCACCACCCAAGAACAUCCUGACAAUGAGGAGAAUGUUGCCAUGGAAACAGAAACUCAGGGAGCAAUUGGACAGUCAGACUCUCUGUCAACCGUAGAAAAAGACAUUAGGGAAGUGACUGAUGAUGUUGGUGAAGAUUCUGAUGAAACAGAGAUCGUUUAUAUGAAUAUGAGCAGUGAUGAAACUGGAGAUUUUGUUGUAGUACAGAAUACUGAGGAUUUUAGUUCUGAAAGAAAUUCUAAUGAUGCUGAAAAAAGCACAGGCAUGGAAGUUGUUCCCCUAGAAACAACAACAGUUGAUGCCAAUGUUAUGAACAUUUUGCAGGAUUCGUCAGAAUCGGAAAAUAUUUUGAUCAUAAGUGAGGAGGGUGCUGCUGGAGAGGAGGGUAGUUUUGUUAUCUAUACAGAUGGAACAGACUCAGAUGUUAAACAGAUGAUGAGUGGACAAGAUGGUAUACCCAAUCACAGAAAGGAUAAUAAAAUUGGCUCAGAGGAACAAUUACAAGAUAAAAGUGCUGAGACAGAUUCUAGUGCUGUAACUUUGGAAACUGCAUCAAAUCCAAUAGCUUCUGCUAAUAUCAAUAGAGAAAACAAGGCAAAUGACAAUGACCUUGGGUCAGAAAUCAGUGUAGAAAGGUCAAAGGUCUUUAAAACAGAUGUAAAUAAAGCUUCAGUAUGUGUCGAUGUUCAUAAUGACAACGUCAAAAUGACUGAUCUGAAUCAAGUGUCAGAAAAGAUGCAUUUUAGUGCUAGUCAAACUACUACAAAUACAGCAGAAGCAGAAGGUAGCGAACUUAAAGAACACACAAAUUGUAAAACAAUAUAUACAGAUAUCGCUGUAACAAAUACAAAUUCCUCAGUGGUAAAUACAGAUAUUUCAGUUGAACACAUGGAUGCAUCAUUCAAGUGUUUUUCACCAACGAAGAAUACAGCCAUAGCAGACCUUGGACCAACACGAUUAUUAGAUGAAGAAUGUUCUGACAGUCUGACAAAAUCAAAAAUACAAAGCAAAAUUGCAGAUUCAGAUGAACAGUGUUUAGAGAAAAAUACUGAAACCGGUGAUAAGGAAAGACAGACAUUUUGUGCAACAUCUGAUGUGAAAAACCGAUCAUGCAGUACAGUACCUUCUGAAAAGGGAAAUAACUCUAGUACAAUAUCUUCUGAGUACGUAGGUAAUUCUAGUACAGAACCUUCUGAGAAGGGAGAUAACUCUUUUACAGAACUAUCUGAGAAGGGAGAUAACUCUUUUACAGAACCUUCUGAAAAAGGUGAUAACUCUAGUACAAUACCUUCUGAGAAGGGAGAUAACUUUGAUAUAAGCGAUACAUGUACAACUCGGCUGGUCAGUCAUGAGGCAUUUGUUGUUAAAGACGAUGAAGGAAACAUCAUCCAUAUGGCUGCUAUAGAGACAGAGAGCUGUGUCCCCACCGGCAAUAUUGUUUGAUUGUUAAACAUUGGAUAAACAUGAUUGAUCACAAUCACCUCAUGACGAGCAUUUCUAGAUGCAGCUGUCUCUACCAAGAGUUCUCUUUCCUUAUUCUCAUUAAUACCUCUAGAUAUGGCAAAGACUUAAUCAUAUUACAUGACAAUUAGUCAUGUGCUACUAAACUGUACAAACUGAUAAUUGUGGACACGAAGGACUGGUUUAACUUACCAUCUACCUCAGUCUUACAAAUCACUUGUAAUGGCCACCUCAAAAUUCAUAAUUUAUCAUGUUGUAAUCUUUUGAAUAAUAUGGAGGAAAGUUACAAUAAUUAUGUAUGUUCAUCUUGAAUACAACGUUAACAUCAGCAAAUAACUUGGUUUUUUAAGUGGCACAUGAAUAUCUAGCCCAUUGUUUGUAUGAAAAAUGGUCUUCUAGUUUUGAUGCAAUCAAUAUUUAACGAAAAUGCUUUGCGAAUAAGGUUCCAAGACUUGGCCAGCAUUACAGAGGUGCUAGUGAGAUUAAGGAAUGAAAGAGUGAGUAGAUAUUGGCUAUGGUACGUAGCUGUUUAUGAGAUAAUUAUUUAUGAAACCAUCAAAUACCUUAUUUCUCCACCUGAAGAAUUAAUAUUAUCAAAUGAUUGCAUGCAAAAUAUCACAUUUUCUAGUCAGCAGUUUACAUAUUCGUUUGAUAUCAAUUCAUAUAUAAACACAAACAAUAAUGAUUCUUUCUACUGGGGCGAUUGCAAACCAAUGUUGUUGGAUUAACAAUUGAAGUCCCUUAUACAAUAACAUCACUUAAUAUGUACAUUUACCCCAUCUGCUCAACAUCCAGAGGGUCAUGUGACAUUAAAAAAGGCGGGAUUUUUUUGUUGGUUUAUUUUUUUUUCAAAGUUGGCAAUAUGGAUAAAAAAUAUAAAUAUUUAACUGGUUUUAAUGUUGUUAUAGUCGAUGCAAGAUGUAUGAUGGACAAAUGCAGCAUAGGAAACCUAAGCUAACGGGGCGGGUUCCCAUGGCAUUUGCCCACCAUACAUCUUGCUGUCAUAUCGACCAUUACAACGUUUAACCAUUGUUUAUUUAUUAAAUAUCAUCAUUGGCACCAUAUGUAACAUCACACUUGCCAAAUCAUAGUCCACACGCAUAUGAUAUUGGUUUUCAAAUUCAGUCAUGAUCUAAAUUCUGUUUAGUGUCAUUAUUUGAAAUGGUGCCAUGUUUCAUUUCUAUUAUUAGGUAGUAAUAAGAAAUGUUAAUUUAAUCCAGACUUAAAAUUUUGGUUUAUUAUAUGAAACUUUUUUUAGGAUUCUAGUGCUCUUUGUUUUUCCAAAAAAGUUGAGUUCCAUUUUUUUUUUUUUUUUUUUUCGUUUUUCUGACUUGAAAUAACCUCCCCAUUUUUAUACAUCAAAGACUUCAAUUUGAUAUAUCGUUGCUCCUAUUUUCCUCCUUUGCCAAAAAAAACAAAACAUCCCCGCUAUGGGAAUUACAGCCUCGAGCUUGUAAUUAUGAAAAGCAAAUAGAUCCACUGCCGGCCCGUCAUAACAUUAAUAUUGAUGUCGUUAUUAUCCGUCUACCAAUGUCCUCAACUUUUGUUUAGUAUGAGUAAAUAAGAAAUUAAUUGCAUACAAUAAUUAUUUUAAAUGCUUGUAUACGCCGUUAGGUUUAUUAUGCCUUUAUUCAUAAUGAUUAAAUUUAAUUCAAUUCUUAUGUAUAAUUUUAGUGAAAGGUGAAUUUUAUUGGUUUUUCUUUGCGAUCGAUCAUUAUCAUUUUCUUCUCCAAAUUCUUUUUUUAUGUGUUUUCAAUAUUUUUAGUAAUGUUCCAUGAAUUUCUGAAUUUCAGUUAGGACUGCUAAAACAACUCUUUGUACUUCAUGCACAGAUUAAUUUAAUUGCCUGACUGCAUAUAACCACCGGGCGGCUAGUUGGGCAGCAAUAUAAGUCAGUAGAUGCUGUCAAUUUAUGAUGUCAGGUAUUGCAAGGUAAUCGAUAAAAUUUGCCCAAACAAUUGAACGAGAUUGAUCUAUUAAUAACACUUUGAAUCGAGGAAGAAGCUGCAAUAAUCUUAAACGAGUGAAACAAGUCAAUUGGUGAUAGUUGUAUAUGUGGAAGAUAUAUGAAAUUAACUGGAUUAAGUAAAUUGGCAGAUAUAGGUAUACUAUAUUAAAUAACAGGUGCCGUCAAUGAAGAGAAAGACCCCUUUCAGAUUUUAUUUCAAGGAUACAUUUCCCUUUGAUAUGUUUUCAAGGAUACAUUUUUCUCCCAUCUUCAGAGACUCGGACUAGACAACCAAGAAAACCUCCCCUCGGGUCGUAUAUUUCUCUGUCACAUUCUCAAAGAGAGAGAAGAUUAUAUUAAUUUUGUAUGGUUUUCGGCCGUUCUUAUUGUUAGGCGGACACUUGAAAUAUCUAUCGGCCAAAUUAAAUUCGUUAAAAUAGGUGAUGUAUAUAUGAGAAAGUAGUAUGUCAAAGAAAAUUGUUACAUUCCAUUGUUUCAAGGAAUUACAACUGCCCAUGUUAACAUCCCAUCCUACACCAAAGCCUUACCCUUUAUUUGUUUAGAUAUUACUAUAUAACCCAGAACUGCUCUUAGGAUUAAAUUAUUGAGUAAGAAAUAUGUAACGUUCAUCGCUUUUCAGUAUCCAAGGCAUUUGAUCCAGGUUUUUUAUUGCUAGUUUUAAAGAAGAAAAGCAUUUUAAUCACCCGAUGCGUAAUGGACCUAGCCUGACAUGAAUGGAAUCCUAAAAUGACAAAAACUCUAUUUACCAUAUUUGAAAAAUAUCCAAUCAUGAAGGUUGGUGUUCCUAUAAAUCGCACUUAGACGGAGUGAUACUUAUCUCGCUAGAUUUAGAAACGGAUUUAUGAAAGUCAAAUGAAUAUUGUUUAAAGACCGAGUAUAAAAUUUGCGUUUGAUGACCUCACAAGUUACAAUGAUUAGAUAAGAUUUCCAUUGUUUUUGUAAUGUUAUAAAACUGAUAUGUAUAACAAGUACAUGCAUGGAAUUGACAUGGAAACGUUGAUUAUUCGACAAAUAUUUUGUAUAUGCCGUCAGUGGAAAACUAUUUGUAAUAACAGCUAACGCAAAUACAUUAAACCAUGAACCUUCAUUAGUGAUGGAAUUGAAAACAUGUGUUGCAGUUGUGUAUAUAGCUGUUUGAAUGAUGUGGGUGUAUUUUGUGUGGAAGGCUGUUUCAGACUUUUACUUACAUACAUGUACAUGUAAAUGGCUUUUCUCGUGUUUGUGAUAGUAGGAAAUCAAACUGUUUACAUGUUACAUACUGGAUAUGCAUUCCCAGUGUUCGUUUAUGCCAUAAUGUGAGGAUACGUGUAAUAUAUAAUGUUAUCUACCACAUCUUGUCCAUUUCAUCAGUAUGGUAGUUAAGAAAUGGUUAUUUAUAUCUAGAUAACAUAUGGAUAUGUAUAUGUACAAUGUUUAUAAAUAGGACUAGAAGUAGGUCUGCAGUUCUACGGUAACAAAUGUUUCUAGGAAUAUAGAUAAACCUACAUUGAACUUCAGAGGCCAGUUGUGCAAAGAGAAACCUGUGUAAAUAGACCUGCGUUAAAAUAUCACCUAAAAAUACCCUUUCCUGUUAACCUUUGUAUGAAGAUACAGCUUUGGACUUCCCGAAGAUGGUGCAUGUCCUCAAGGCUAUAUGUAGCGUAUAUAAAGUAUGCAGCCGGGUUUGAGAUGAGGAGUAUAUAAAUAUUAUAUGUUAAUACUCCCUUAUUGAUUGGCCAGAUGCUAUAAACACAUAUUUUUUGAUGGUUCAGUUUUUUGUAAAGCAACAGAGAUGUAUUGGGGAAGUAAUGAAACUAGUGUACAUUUUUUCUAUAAAUGCUAUUUUUGAUUGAUCUAAGGGCGAGUGGGAAUGAAAACAAAUAACUCACUAAUCCCCCCCCCCCCCCCCCCCCCCUUUUUUUCCCCUUUUUCACAGUACAUGUACAAUGUAGUGUCAUAUAUAUGUAGCAUAUGUGUAACAUUUUCAGUAUGCUAUGAAGUUGUAUGUAAUGGUAAUGUUGAGCAAAAUCGUGAGAACGUUAGAAACCGCUGAUAUUUCUGCUAUUCAGAACAAUACAUGUUUCUAUGUGUAAGCUGAAGUUUCUCUUUCUACUGGCUUAACAUUGUCGAUAGCCCACUUUUGUUACAUCCACCCACUUCCUUCCACUUGACAAUAAACGAUAGUGCUAUUAAACGUGGCUUCAUGACGGUGUGACAUUCUAAACAUCUUCAGAUUGUUGGUAAACUAGAUAAUUAACUUCUGCUUAUGAUGUUUUGAUUAAACAUACGCAAAUUACAUUACAAAUGACCAUAGCUAUUUGGCGACGUUCAUAUGAUAUCGCCUGAUAUUGAGUAAUCUAUAUGCUUAUAAAAUGUGUACAAUAAGUAGUUGAUUUGGAGAAAAAUCACUUUAAUCAAAAUAUGAAAAUUACAAUCAUAGAAAACUUAAAAUAACUGAAAAAUAUAACAAAGAUGGUCGCUAGCGUUCACUACAUAAAUAGUGAGCAUUGUUGAGCAUAAUAUCGUAACACUGGUAUAAUAAGACUAACCCCUGUGUCUGGAAUAUAAAACAAAUAUUAAUAGAGAUGAAACGCUAACUUUGUUCUCUAGGAUAUGUCUUUGUAUAGGUAUAAGUAGCGGGAGAUAAUCUGAUAUUAAUAUUCAACAAGACAAUUAUUUACAAAACUUUCGGGGCCGGUGACCAAUCUGUAGUAUAAUUGACAAUAUAGAAUCUAAACUUAAAAUGAUUGUCAAGCGAUAUAAGAGUAAUACAUUCGUUUGCAAGUUAAGCCCGAAACAUUUAAAUGGUUUAAUAUUUUGAAUAACCGUUAAAGUAAGGAUUUCUUGUACUAUGAGAUACUCUAAAACAAUAGUAAUGAUAUAACCAAGAGUUUCCUUUUAUAAAGUCAAGUGAGUGUGAGAGCUCGUAUUUAUAUUGUAAUACUAUAUGGACAAGACAUACCCUCUCCUUCCUUGUAUAUGUCUAACAUGAUUUUCAGAUUAGAAAUGUCCAUUGUAGUAGUUUCAUCAUUUGAUUACUGAAAACUUCAACAUUUUUUGUUUUAGACAAAACGUCACUUUAAGAUACCAUCAACUGUCGUUUCUUUUAUACAUCGAGACGAGCUGCAUAAGAUAUCAUAUUGAAUUAAAAAAAAAUGCAUUUUUGAAGUCAAUAUGUAGAGGACAACAUCAAACGGAGGCAGCCAUUUUGUUGCGCUAUGUAUAAUUAUAUUCAUGACGUCAUCGCUCACAUUAUGACGUCACGAUCAAUUUGACUGACGCAGCCAAUGGAAAAUACUCCAGGGUAGAUUACACCAGAUUACACAAAAAAUAUUACACAUGCGAAUUCACUAGAUAACAGACCAUUUGAUGAUUAUUUUUAUAUAAACGAUGAAAAGAUUCUAUUCCAUACUCGUAUGUAAUGUAUGACACAUUUAAAAAAGCAAUUAAUUGAAUUGAAAUUCUAAAGAGCCAAAAUGGUAAUCGUGACGAUUGCCAUCAUUUUCAUAAGACAUUUAAUGAGAUAUUUUGUUCAACAUCUCACCAAGAUUUGUCCCAAAUAUAUAUUCAUUAAUGCAUAACUUCUCAGACUGUCUUGACAUUUACAAUAUCGACAGUUUCGACGUUAAGUACUUCAAGUUUGGCAGUUAAAAGGCUAACGCCACGAAGUUGUGACGUCAAAGUUAAAAUAAUCAGAGCAUGCAACCAAUGGCAGUACAUAAUACGUAGUAGGUCAAAUGACGGAGAUACUAUGGGACCGAUGCUAUAGAUAUGAAAACACGAAGUGAAAAGGACAACAUUUCUUAUAUUUAUGUACCUGUAACGUAUAUGUAAAUAUUAUCAUGCUAUACUGAGAAACCAUAUUACCAAAGGGACCACCCCCUCGCCUGAAAUGUCUUUAUGCUGUUACCUUGUUUGUCCAACAGUUGAAGGAAUUGCCACAGCAACGCUUUGUUUACCUUCACUACGUAUAUAUCAUUGUUGUAUUUGUUGCUAAGCCUAUUUUAUUACAUACAUAUGAUGAUGUGUUGAUUUUGUUACUGUUUUGUUAAAUACUGAUAUUAUUUUUAAUUGAAAAUAAACUUUGUCCGCUGUCCUGGAA